UCCUUUCACGGGUUUUCAGAAUCUUUUCCUUUUAUGUAUAAGGAAGCUCUGAAUUCACAGUACCUGAUCUGGGUUUCUCUUCUUAUGUUCUACUUAUCCUUUGGUUUGUGAGCUUUUGGAUCUGAAUAUGAAUGGUCUAGGGUUUAUCAUUUAAAAAAUACAAUCCAAGAUCUGCUCUUUUUUUUUUGCCAACUUUGCUUCUCGAAUUUUCCUUGGGUUUUGGAAAGUUGAGAACUUUUCUUGAUUCCCUUAUGCUUAUUUGAAAAGGGCUGUUGGAUUCCAUUCAAAUGCCUUUUAAUCAAUCCAUGACUUUCUUUUGCUCAUAAUAAAACCUCCAAAAACAAAGCUCCCUCUGCAUUUCCCUUCUGGGUUUUCUCUCUCUUUGAAAGUUUCAGUUCAGAGAGAGAGAGAGAGAGAGUCAUAUCAUCAUAUACAUUUGGAACAAACCCCAUAGAUUUAAAAAAAGAAAGAAAAAGAAACCAUGUACAGAGGAAUUGGGAUUCUCUCGCCUGCCACAUAUCUUGAGAAGUCGAAUUGGCUGUUUCAGGAGAGCAGAGAAGCUAAAUGGACAGCUGAAGAGAACAAACAGUUUGAGAAUGCACUUGCUCUUUACGACAAGGACACCCCGGAUCGAUGGGUGAAAGUGGCCGCCAUGAUUCCUGGAAAGACGGUUGGAGAUGUGAUGAAACAGUACAGGGAAUUGGAAGAGGAUGUCAGUGAUAUUGAGGCUGGUUUGAUCCCAAUCCCUGGCUAUUCCUCAAACUCCUUCACAUUGGAGUGGGUUAAUGACAACAACUACAACAACAAUUACUACAAUCAGGGCUUUGAUGGCUUCAAACAGUUUUACUGUGCUGGUGGCAAGAGAGGGACUUCCACAAGACCUUCUGAUCAGGAGAGGAAAAAAGGUGUCCCAUGGACUGAAGAAGAGCACAGACAAUUUCUGCUGGGACUUAAGAAGUAUGGAAAAGGUGACUGGAGAAACAUCUCUCGCAAUUUCGUGACCACGAGGACUCCAACUCAGGUCGCGAGUCAUGCUCAGAAAUACUUCAUCAGACAACUCGCAGGAGGCAAAGAUAAGAGGAGAUCAAGCAUCCAUGACAUCACAACUGUCAAUAUUCCGGACUCUAAAUCUCCUUCGCCUGAUGAUAAAACACAAUCUUCACCAGAUCACUCUGCGACAAUUAUGCAGCCUACGCAGCAGCAUCCGAAAAUCACUGCCAUGGUUAAGCAGCAGUAUGACUGGCAACCAUCAAACGAAGGCUUGCCAUUGGUUUUCAAUCCAACUAACGGAAAUGCUCUCCUCGGACGACCCUUUUGCGGGUUUGCUUCCUAUGGAUCUAAGCUGCAAGAGCAGAAUUUUCUAAGUGGAAGUCUCCGUGGAUCGCAGUUCGGGCCUUACAGUAGUGCACUUUAUCAGAUGCAAUCCAUGCAUCAUCAGUGAAAACAAAUUCAUGGAGUGGAGUUUUUUUAAGUUCUGAAGAUAUUUUAGUCCCAUAAAAUUGUCCCUCACUAUCCGUACCAUAUUGUGGUUUAUGUGAAUAUAUUGAUGAGGACAUUGAAUUGGUCCUUCUAGCAAUUAGGCUCUAUCUA